CCGCUCUUUUGUUUAACAUGCAGUCAUUCUCAACCCUGCUUCGCGCAGUUCUCCUCGUCACCGUGACCUCUGUAUCGGCUUCAAGUUUCCUUAGGAUCCCCCUGACGAAGCUUGUGCCAACUAACUCAUACCUUGCCGGACUGCCUGAUGCAGAUCGUGCACGUGCUGCAUUUCUUAAGAGUUUCGCUUCUGGUGGUUCCACAACCGUCCCUGCAUCUAACCUCGCAUAUGUCCAGUACACAACCAGUGUUGGCGUUGGCAGCCCUCCGACGUACUACAAUCUAGUUGUCGACACUGGUAGCUCCAAUACAUUUGUCGGAACUGGGAUACCAUAUGUCCGGACCUCGACCAGUAUAUUCACCGGUGAAGACGUCAACGUCACUUACGGCAGUGGUUACUUUUCUGGCUUGGAGUAUUUCGACCAGGUGACGCUUGCUCCAGGUUUUGCCAUCACCAACCAGUCCAUCGGUGAUGCUCUUUCCUAUGCCGACUUCGAGGGCGUCGACGGCAUCGUCGGAGUGGGCCCCGUCAUUCUGACUGAGGGCACACUCUCACCAAGUACCGACGAGCUGAUUCCAACUGUGAUGAACAACGCCCUGUCGCAGGGUUUGAUCACAGAGGAAAUAUUAGGUGUCUCUUUCGCACCUGCAACGAGCUACAAUGACACGAAUGGAGCCCUCACUUAUGGAGGCAUCGAUUCGUCUUUGUACACCGGCGAAAUCACUUAUACGCCGGUCACCGCAACUUAUCCUGCUGGCUACUACUGGGGUGUCAAUGUCACCGAUGCGACGUACGGCUCCACAACGACCGUAAUCCCAACGUCAACCGCCGGAAUUGUCGAUACUGGUACCACUCUGGUCCUCCUCGCUGAUAACUUCUUCGAGUCCUACAUGCGUGCCAUCCCUGGUGCCAGGAUUGACGAGAGCACGGGCCUCAUGACCGUCCCUGAAAACUCUGUCUCGAAAAUCCAACCAUUGAACUUUACUAUCGGCGGCACCGUCUUUAGUCUCGACGCUGCAGCACAACUCAUUCCGAUUGACCAGAACACCGCAUGGGGCUUGUCAGCAAACACGCAGUACGGCAUUGUCUCGUACUUAGGGACUAACAGCGGCGAAGGGCUAGACUUCAUUAUCGGACAAAAGUUCAUGGAGAAGUACUAUGCUGUUUUCGACACGGAUAGCAAUCGCGUUGGAUUUGCUUAUACUGAACAUACAUUUACCACGUACACUCCUUGAUAUGGGAGUACCUUCUUAAAUGGGAUGGGCAGUAGUAAUACCUUCUUCACACAUACCUCAUG